GGCCGUCUAUAUAAACCCAACAUUCAAGAAAAACAAGAACAAGCCGAAAAGGCUCCAUUAAUGGCUACCCGGUCUGUAUCAAACCUUCUUCUCCGCAGUAAUCUCCGCUGCUUUGCCAGACCUCUUGCUUCUGCCGCUUCUUCUUCCUCCUCCUCAUCUUUCGCCGCCAUAACCAUCGACGAUAAACACGACUUUUCCCCUGCCUCCACCCUAACCAGAAACACCUGCUCCGCCACCACUACGCUCGAUCUCACCGAUCAUGAAAAGCUUUUCGCCUCUGUACCCACCCCCAAGUUGCUGCGUGCCUCUGCUAAUCUUCAACUGGCAGCUAUGGAGUAUAUGGUUGAUUUCGGGAUGUGGGUUAUGAACUCCAAGCUCAUGGAGGUCAAUCUUUUGCGUGAAAUCGUGGUGAGGACGGUGAGACAUACGUUCUACGAGCAUUUUUGCGCCGGAGAAAAUGUUGAGGAAGCUGUACGGUGCGUUUUGAAGAUGAAUGAGACUGCUGGAUUGAGAGGGAUGCUGGUUUAUGGAGUGGAGCAUACUGAUGAUAACUCGGCUUGUGAUCAGAACCUGAAUAGGUUUCUUCAGACUGUUGAAUCUGCUGGAUCACUUUCGCUAUCUUCUGUAAGCUUUGUGAUUGUAAAGAUCACUGCAAUAUGCCCAAUCAGUCUGCUCAGGCGGGUUAGUGAUUUGCUUCGAUGGCAAUACAAAAAUCCUUCUUUCAAUCUGCAAUGGAAGCUCAACACCUUCCCAAUUUUCACAGAUUCAAGUCCUCUGUAUCAUACUCUUAAAGAACCACAACCUCUGACCCACGAAGAAGAGAUUGAUCUUCAACUAGGCCACCAGAGACUGCUAAAAAUCUUCGAGAAAUGCCUCGAAGCCAAUGUCCCUUUGUCCAUUGAUGCGGAGGACACCUGGUUGCAACCCGCCAUUGAUUACUUGACAUACUCUUCAGCAAUCCUGUACAGGAAAUUCGACAAUCCAAUCGUGUAUGCCACAAUGCAGACCUACUUGAAAGAUGCUAGAGAAAGACUCUUCUUAGCUGCAAAACACGCAGAGAAACUUGGCGUUCAAAUGGGGUUCAAGCUAGUAAGAGGUGCAUACAUGUCUAGUGAAAGAAAAUUAGCUUCUUCCUUAGGCUAUGAAUCUCCAAUCCACAACAACAUUCAAGAGACUCACGCAUGCUUCAACGAUUGUGCCUCGUUUAUGCUGGAAAACAUUGCUAACGGCUACGGUGGAGUUGUUCUUGCGACCCACAAUGUUGAAUCAGGUCAGCUUGCAGCAGCAAAAGCUGAAGAAUUGGGGAUUGGGAAGGGGAACAAGAGGCUUGAAUUUGCACAGCUAUAUGGAAUGGCAGAUGCACUUUCUUUUGGUUUAAGGAAUGCAGGGUUUAAAGUGAGCAAAUACAUGCCAUUUGGACCUGUGGAGUUGGCCAUGCCAUACCUUCUAAGGAGGGCUGAAGAGAACAGAGGAUUACUCUCAACUUCAGCUCUUGAUAGGGAACUUAUGAGGAAGGAGCUGAGGAGAAGACUAAAAGCAAUAAUCCUGUAGGGCAGAGCUGAUGGUUUCACCUUCAAAUUGUGCAAAAAUAAAGGGGGAUAAACAGGAUAGCUCAUUUUAACAGCAAUGUAUUUCACAUUUCCUCCUUGUGCAUUAAAAGGAAUGAAAUCCUCAAGUUUGAAUUUUCAUGUGAAGUAAUCAUUAUUUUUAAUUUUGAGAAAAAGUAAUUAGCAUUAUUUAAGUAA